AUGAUUACAUUCAAAGAUCUAUACACUGUCCUAACAGCAGUUGUUCCAUUAUAUGUUGCUAUGAUCUUAGCCUACGGUUCUGUCCGUUGGUGGAAGAUUUUCUCACCCGAUCAAUGCUCCGGCAUAAACCGUUUCGUCGCGGUUUUCGCCGUUCCUCUUCUCUCUUUCCAUUUCAUCUCAUCUAACAAUCCAUACCAAAUGAACUUCAGAUUCAUAGCAGCAGACACACUGCAAAAAAUCAUCAUGCUUUUCGCACUUUCGAUAUGGACAAAGUUCACUAAAAAUGGCAAUUUAGAAUGGAUGAUAACGAUUUUCUCGUUGUCGACACUUCCAAACACUUUGGUUAUGGGAAUUCCUCUUCUAAUUGCUAUGUAUGGUGAUUAUUCAGGAACCUUAAUGGUUCAAAUUGUGGUUCUUCAGUGUAUCAUUUGGUACACUCUUUUGCUGUUUCUUUUUGAGUACCGUGGUGCUAAGCUUUUAAUCAUGGAACAGUUUCCGGAAACCGCAGCUUCGAUUGUUUCCUUUAAAGUCGACUCGGACGUUGUUUCGCUGGACGGAAGGGAUUUUCUUGAAACGGAUGCCUCUGUUGGUGAUGAUGGGAAGUUACAUGUUACAGUGAGAAAAUCUAACGCGUCGCGGAGGUCAUUUAUGAUGACUACUCCGCGACCGUCGAAUUUGACUGGAGCUGAGAUUUACAGUCUCAGCUCCACGCCAAGAGGGUCUAAUUUCAACCACGCCGAGUUUUACUCCAUGAUGGGUUAUCAACCAAGACAUUCCAAUUUUGGUACUAAUGAUCUGUAUUCUGUUCAGUCUUCUAGAGGACCCACUCCUAGACCGUCGAAUUUCGAAGAAAACGGCGCAAGCUCUCCUAGAUUCGGGUUUUAUCCGGCACAAACCGCGCCUGCUUCAUAUCCUGCGCCGAAUCCUGAAUUCUCUUCUACUGUGAAAACUGUGAAGAGUCAAAAUUUGAUGCAGCAGCCACAACAGCAACAGGUUUCAUUGCAGACAAAGGGUUCUCAGGAUGCUAAGGAAUUGCACAUGUUUGUGUGGAGCUCAAGCGCUUCGCCGGUUUCGGAAAGUGCCGGUCUCAAUGCCUUCCGAAAUUCGGAGCAAUCAGAAGAAGGUGCUAAAGAGAUCAGAAUGGUGGUUGCUGAUGAACAUAAUCAAAAUGGUGAAAUCAAUAACAAAGGGGAACUUGGUGAAGAAGAAGAUUUCAAGUUCAUUGGAGUGAAGGGAGAAGAACAAGUUGUAGAAGGGCCCAAUGGGCCUAACAAGCUGAGCUCCAAUGCGACACCAGAGAUCCACCCUAAAGCCACCGGAGUAGCCGAUUCCGGUGUCGGAAAGCUCAUGCCUCCGGCGAGUGUCAUGACUCGUCUCAUACUCAUUAUGGUUUGGAGAAAACUUAUCCGUAAUCCCAACACUUAUUCAAGUCUCAUUGGUCUCAUUUGGUCCCUUGUUGCAUUUAGGUGGGGUGUUCAUAUGCCUAAAAUAGUAGAGAAAUCAAUUUCCAUACUCUCUGAUGCUGGUCUUGGAAUGGCUAUGUUUAGCCUAGGUUUAUUUAUGGCUCUUCAACCUAAGAUAAUUGCAUGUGGAAAUUCUGUUGCCUCAUUUGCCAUGGCUAUUAGAUUUCUCACUGGUCCGGCAGUUAUGGCCGCUGCUUCCAUCGCUGUCGGCCUCCGCGGUACCCUCCUACAUGUAGCCAUUGUUCAGGCUGCACUUCCACAAGGGAUUGUUCCGUUUGUGUUUGCAAAAGAGUACAAUGUUCAUCCCGCUAUUCUUAGUACAGCGGUUAUAUUUGGGAUGUUGAUAGCUCUUCCAAUUACUCUACUCUACUACAUACUCCUUGGUUUGUAA